CCCAGGUUCACAUGUAAUCACUGUGUUUAUCAUUCGGAUAAAAUCUCUUUGGCCGUAUACCUUAUCCGGAUUCCCAUGUGCAAUAGAUUUGUAUCAUGCGAGCGAUCGCGGUCGUCCAUGCCAUUUGCGUCUUGCUGCUGGAGGUAUCUACGUCGGAAGUCGACCCGAGGAGCAUGAGCCUAGGAUCCAAGACGCCGUACUAUUCACAGGAGCUUCCAUCGGAAGAAUCGCCUCUGCCACCGUCAUGCAGUCCCGUGCACAUCAACAUGGUCGUGAGGCAUGGCACAAGGUUCCCCACCACAAAAGUGAUACAAGCCAUUGGAGCUGUGAGUGCAAAACUUCGAGCAGCAGCUAUCGGCCCACGUCAUCCACCUCUGCCAUCAUGGCUAGAGUCGUGGCAGGUCGAGUCGUACUAUCCCAUCCACGAGAGCGGCAUGUUGGCGGCGACAGGAGUGGCCGAGAUGGUUGGACUGGGCCGCCGCAUUCGACAAAAGUACGCCGCGACGUUUCCAUCAGCGUAUGCAAAGUCGAGCUUUACGUUUGAGCACACGUGGAAAGAUCGCACGCGAGAAAGCGCCACGUCAUUUGCGUUUGGGUUUUUUGGGGGUCACCAGCCCAUUCAUUACGAAGUGGCAGCGAAAGGCGACGACCACGAGCUGCGCUUCUUUGACAACUGUCCCGCGUACGACCGCCACGUCGAGCAAAACCAGAGCGCGACGGAGCAGUACGACGCGUUUGCCACCAGCGAUUCCGUGCUGGCCGCGUUGCUCCACUUUCAAACUGCGUUCAACCUUCCAUCGCUAACUUUGAAAGAUCUGAGUGCCGUCUACGAUGCAUGUGCGUUUGACAUUGCCGUGCACGGGAUCUCCCAUCACUGGUGCACGUUGAUUCCACCGGGACUGCUCCAAACGAUGGAGUACUGGAAAGAACUCAAGCAGUACUACCGCAAAAGCCAUGGGAAUCCCCUGUCGGUGGCCAUAGCGUCGCCGCUGCUUCGCGAUGUCGUGGAAGCAAUGGUCAACAUCACCUCGCGUCUUGAUGGUGUGGAUGGACAUUUCCGAUUUGCGCAUGCCGAAACCCUGCUGCCGUUGCUGAGUCUCUUGGGCUUUCACCAGGACCAGCCCAAACUGGUGGCAUCGGCCACGGCCCCAUACGACCGACUGUUUCGGUCGGCAAAGCUAGCGCCUUUCGGAGGCAAUGUUGCGUUCGUGCUCUAUCAGUGUCCAAACUCAACGGAGCCCUUGGUGCAGAUCACCGUAAACGAGCGGGUGGUGGCCACUCCCGGGCUCGGAUGUGUCAGCUGCCCUCUCUCCGAAUGGAUCCGCCACUACAGCCAUUGGACACCUCCCACUAAAUUUAGUCAAGAUUGCACCCUUCCCUAAAGUGUGUUUCAAUGAAAUGACCAUCUUACUGUACA